AUGGCGACCAGAACAGCAGUCCGCGUUGCGCCGCGAGCCAUUGCGCCGCCGCUGUGCGCGCCCCGGCCUUCUUACCCUCUCCCCAGGGUUUCCCAAGCCGGGCGCACCUCGCGAAGCUUCUUCAACCUCCCCAGCACCGAGCCCCAGACCGUCCGAGCCCGCCGGACGCUGCCGUACCCGUCGGCGCCGCUGUACGACCUGAUCGCCGACAUCGACGCCUACUCGCGGUUCCUGCCGUACUGCACGACGUCGCGCGUCACUUCGUGGACCCCGGCGCACCGCAGCGACAGCCCGGAUCCGCAGCAGCAGCAACGGCGCUGGCCCACGGCCGGCACGCUGUCCGCCGGCUGGAGCGGCCUGGCCGAGACGUACAGCAGCCGCGUCUUCUGCAUCCCGGACCGCGGCAUCGUCGAGGCCAUCAGCGGCUCGGCGUGGACCAAGAUCCCCCCGGAAGAUCUGCAGCGUUGGGGUCUGCGGGACUCCGGGCCGGCGGCGCACGCGGGAGAAGAGGGCACAUUCCGCAGCCUGGUGACCCGGUGGACGGUGCGGCCGGUGGGAGGCCGAGAAGGGAGUGGCGAGGAAGGCACAUGGAGCGAGGUGGACCUCAGCAUCAUGUUCCAGUUUGUCAACCCGCUGUACGGUGCCGUGAGCUCGGCAGUUGCGGACAAGGUUGCACCGAUCAUGGUGUCGGCUUUUGAGAAGGAGGCAAGAAGAGUAUUAGGCCCGCCGAAGUUGUCGUGA